GCAGGGCAUGAUGCUUACAAAAUGUAGAAUAGAAUCUUACGAACAUUUUCUCUCUCUCCUCUCUCUCUCUCUCUCUCUCUCUCUCAAUUUGUCCCUGAAAGCUCUCCUCAAAAGGAGCCAUAGACUCGUUCCAAACUCCUCCCUUUCUCUCUCUCUCCUCUGUUACCAAGAUUACAUUUUGAAGCUCUUAUCAACUCUUUAUGGUUUUUUUUAGGUGAAAUAUGAUCCUUCUACGCCCUUAUCGUCAUCUAAAAUUUGAAUUUUAGAAUUGCAUGCGUGGGGCCGUGGGUGAUUAUUACUUAAAUUAGAAGCAGCCAAUUUGGCUCUGGUGGUUCUUGAGGGAGGGAAUCACUAGUCACAUGCUCCCUAAUAGGAAUAGAGCUCAGACUAGGCCUACAAGAUCUUGGCCUUUUGGAGGAAUGGAUUACUUGGAUACAAGAAGAAAGCCUCAUAUUCUUGCAAAAAUUCUCGUGGCUGCUGUUCUUACAGCCCUGUGCAUAAUCAUUCUAAAGCAAUCUCCUGGUUUUAGCAGCAAGAGCGUGUUCUCUCGUCUGGACCCUGGGGUAACACAUGUCUUAGUUACUGGAGGUGCUGGUUAUAUAGGCUCACAUGCUGCUCUUCGUCUCCUUAAGGAUUCUUAUCGAGUAACUAUAGUGGAUAAUCUUUCAAGGGGAAACAUUGGAGCCGUUAAGAUUCUCCAGGGCCUAUUUCCAGAACCUGGAAGGCUUCAGUUCAUUUAUGCUGAUUUAGGAGAUGGCAAAGUUGUCAAUCGGAUAUUCUCAGAGAACAAAUUUGAUGCUGUUAUGCACUUUGCCGCUGUUGCUUAUGUUGGUGAGAGUACACUUGAACCUCUUAGGUACUAUCAUAACAUAACGGCAAACACUUUGACUGUUCUGGAGGCUAUGGCUGCUCAUGGUGUCAAAACACUCAUAUACUCGAGUACAUGUGCCACUUAUGGAGAACCCAAGAAAAUGCCAAUAACAGAACAAACUCCUCAGUUUCCUAUUAAUCCAUACGGGAAGGCCAAGAAAAUGGCAGAGGACAUCAUAUUGGAUUACUCAAAGAACACUGACAUGGCUGUCAUGAUUCUAAGAUACUUCAAUGUCAUUGGAUCGGAUCCAGAAGGAAGAUUAGGAGAAGCUCCAAGGCCAGAACUCCGAGAACAUGGACGUAUUUCUGGAGCUUGCUUCGAUGCAGCAUUAGGAGUCAUUUCGGGCCUUAAGGUUAAAGGAACAGACUAUCCAACGUCUGAUGGGACUUGUGUAAGGGACUAUAUCGAUGUCACUGACUUGGUUGAUGCUCAUGUGAAAGCCCUUAACCAUGCAAAGCCUAAUAAAGUUGGAAUUUAUAAUGUUGGUACUGGAAAAGGUAGAUCAGUGAAAGAGUUUGUUGAAGCUUGCAAGAAAGCAACAGGUGUCAACAUUAAGGUAGAUUACUUAAGUCGACGACCAGGAGACUAUGCUGAAGUUUACAGUGAUCCUUCCAAGAUAAACCGCGAGUUGAAUUGGACUGCUCAAUACACUGAUCUUAAGGAGAGCCUUCAAGUCGCUUGGAGAUGGCAGAAAAAUCAUCCAAAUGGCUAUCAACUCCCUUAGUCAUCUUAUGUUUAUUUAUACUGAUGAGAUGAAGGAGAUAAGGAAUUAAGAUUGAGGCAGGUUAUAGAGAAUUCAGUCGUAUAGAUUUUGUUUUAUUUUAUUUUUUACUUGUACGGGGUUUUAGAUGUAGGAGUUACAGUUCAUUUGUUAAUACGAGACUAGAGGAAAUAAUGAUGCUGUCAUUUUUAUAUAAUUCAAUGUGAUAAAGCCUACCUUGUACCAUGCUUAUUAUUUAUUUUAUGUUCAAUGAGAAUGGUCAUUUUUGUUCA